AUGGCUGCAACUGCCAUGUUGCUCUCGGUCUGCCAUGUUGCUGUCCCUUGCUAUCAUGGCCUUAGUGAGGGCAAUCAGUUCUACCUUUUGGGCCGACGUGUCCCUGGCAGUCCAGAUAACUUGAUGUUCAUCUACCACAACUGCUCCAUCAUGUCUCUUCUCUUCCUCAAGAUAGCUGCUUCAGUCUGUGUACCAGAAAAAAGAAAUAAUGAAGAGAAAUUGCCCUUUAAGGCAAAAAACUUUGCUUUUUCCAAUUGUGCCAUUUUGGGAUCGUCCUUGUGGACUGGUCUUGGUGAUUCUGUGAAGCAUUUGGGACGCAGAGGCCUUCAGGACAACACCAUCAAGAUCUGGGAUAAAAACACCCUGGAAUGCAGGCGGGUCCUCACGGGCCACAUGGGCUCCGUCCUGUGUCUGCAGUACGAUGACAGGGUAAUCGUCACGGGCUCCUCGGACUCCACCCUCAGAGUGUGGGAUGUAAAUGCAGGUGAAAUGCUAAACACAUUGAUUCACCACUGUGAAGCCUUUCUGCACCUGCGCUUCAAUAAUGGCAUGAUGGUAACCUGCUCCAAAGACCGUUCCAUCGCUGUGUGGGAUAUGGCUUCCCCAACUGACAUCACCCUCAGGAGGGUGCUGGUGGGACACCGAGCUGCGGUCAAUGUUGUAGACUUUGAUGACAAGUACAUCGUUUCUGCCUCUGGAGAUAGAACCAUAAAGGUGUGGAACACAAGCACCUGUGAUUUCGUAAGGACCAUGAAUGGGCACAAGCGUGGCAUUGCCUGUUUGCAGUACAGAGACAGGCUGGUGGUGAGCGGCUCCUCUGACAAUACCAUCAGGCUGUGGGACAUAGAGUGUGGAGUGUGUCUGCGAGUGUUGGAAGGCCAUGAGGAGUUGGUACGCUGCAUUCGAUUUGAUAACAAAAGGAUAGUGAGUGGAGCCUAUGAUGGGAAAAUUAAAGUGUGGGAUCUUAUGGCUGCUUUGGACCCGCGUGCUCCUGCAGAGACUCUUUGUCUGCGGACACUUGUGGAGCAUUCUGGACGAGUUUUCCGCCUCCAGUUUGAUGAAUUCCAGAUUGUCAGUAGUUCACAUGAUGACACAAUUCUCAUCUGGGACUUCCUGAACGAUCCAGCUGCUCAUGCUGAACCACCCCGCUCCCCUUCUCGGAAAUACACCUACAUCUCCAGAUAAAUAACCCGACACUGGCCUCAUAAUUGCCCAGGACUCGUAAUGUUGCAGUAUUUAACAUACUUGCCAAGACCAGGAUGAACUAUAAUCAGACUCCUACCCGGAUUCCCGGAUGGAUCA